GUGGCCGAGUGUCCACCGCUCGGCGCGUUCCUGCAGUCGCCCGGGGAGGUGGAGCGUGAGGAGGCCGAGAUGGGGGCGUCCGUGGAGGUGCCGCAGCACAGGAUGGCGUCGGCGGUGGCGGCGGGGCACCAUUACCACGUGCACUUGAGGGGCGACAGGACGAGCGCCUGCCUCACCAAGGGCUACGGGAAGUUCCGCUCCCCGGCCGGCUACGGGCCCACCGUCCUCGUGCACGAGGGCGACGAGGCGGGCACCGAGAGGCGGGAGAAGCAGGCGGCGCCCCGCGAGGGGGCGGACCUCGGGGGCGAGCUCACGUACAACGACCGUUUCUCUCGCAUCGGGAACUCCCUCAACGUCAGGAUCGUGGCGCUGCUGCUGUUCUCGCUGCUUGGACGCGGGGAUUGCCAGGCCACUCUGGCCGAGGAUGCUUGUGGCCCAGGCGGGGAAAAAGGCAAGGGACGGGUUAUGCAGCGCCUUUCUGGGACGGGCUAA